AAUCUUCUGAUUAAAGCGUGUAAUUAUAACUUAUUAUACUCCGAUUCAUUCUACAACAAUAUGAAAAAAUGUGUACACUGAUGAAUAUUAUAAUUGUCGGAGGAACCAUUCUUGGUAUCCUCUUCCUUCAAAUAAACCCUAUUGAGACCUUCGCCCCUACCGUCAGUAGAGUAAUUACACAAACAGCAGGUCUUCCGAUGAUGAUCAAAAACUUCGGUCUUUGUAUAGCCACUUCUGAAAUGUUUCCACCUAUCGACACAACCACCAGAGAUGGACGAAGACUUGAUCGUAUACGCAGAGACAUUGAAAGACUGAAACAUUGCUCAAUAUGGAACGUUAUAGUUUGCGGGCCAGUAAACCACCUGAGAGUAUGCUAUAAUCUGAUGAUGCUCCUCACGGAGAAUCCUUUUCUAGUCAAAGACGUAGCUUCCAGUCCAUUCCGGUGUGCCUUCAAAAUUAUGUGCUUGUUCAAAGUCAAUCUUCCAUUCACCAGAUGCGACAACUUUCUAGGUAGACACUCGCUGAAACCGCCAAUUCUUCCGAUAUUUUCCGGUCAAUUGGCCCCAUGGCCUGGUUUGCCCCAAAUACCAAACCAGCCUGGCGGUCCUUACAUGCCCAGAGAACCACAAUCGCCUUUCGGACCUCCAAAUGGUUUUGCACCAGAUUCUCCUCCAUUUCCAGAAAUGCCUCCUCAAUGGCCGCCAAAUAACUUUGUACCAGGUUCACCUCAAUUCCCAUCGAUGAAUCCUUCAGGACCUAUUGAGUAUGCGAAUAAUUCACUUCAACCCAACGGUCUCAAUGACAGGGAUCCGUUUGAAAUGAACGCACCACCCUUUGGUCCUAACAAUAAUCCUUAUUAUUCUGCCAUGCAAAAUAAUCCCGUUCAACCUUCUGCAUUAUACGAUGAAGACCUACCGCAGAAUAGAACCCUCUAUCCCUCUGAUCCAACCGAACUCAAUAGUCCUCCCUUCGAAUCAUUCGGUCCUUCUAACUUCCCUCGUGAUCUGUAUACCCCUUUUAAUGAAGAGUCAGCCAAACCACCGAGUAUCCUGCAACAGCAAUCACCAUAUCAACCACCGAUUCCUACCAAUAAUAAACAAGAAACAACAUAUUCACAACCUCAAAUGAAUUCAGUUGGUGAAUUAGAAUUCAGCUUAGCCAAGGGUUUGUAUUUUGGGUCAGAAAACCCUAAAUCGAAUAACCCAGAUGGUUCGGCACCAUACCAACCACCGAUUCCUACCAAUAGUAAACAGAAAAUGAAUUCUGUUGGUGAAUUAGAAUUCAGCUUAGCCAAGGGUUUGUAUUUUGGGUCAGAAAACCCCAAAUCGAAUAACCCAGAUGACUCAGCACCAUACCAACCACCAAUUCCUGGAAAUUAUGGUUCUCCUUCUUCCGAACCAGAGAAAUCACCGAGCAUCCCAAAGGAACCACCAAUAGAUCAACCUCCAAUUCCUGACUGGAAUAAACUAAAAAUUAUGGAUUCACAACCUAAAAGAGAUUCACCUGAUCCAUUACAACCAACACCAAACCAACCACCACUUCCUGGUGGGGAUGGACAAUCGAAAACCGAAUCAUUUGGUGGAAUGGAGCUUAGCUUCGAUAAAAAUUCGUAUUUGGGAAUUGACACAGAAAAAAUUGACAGAUUUGACGGUCUUACAUCUAUCAACCGUUAAAAACCACACAAUACCUUUCAGAGCCUUUGAUUGGAUUGAGAGAAUUUCAGAUGCUAGAACUUUGAAAUUGUGAAUUUAUUGUAAUAUAGAAUGCGAUCUACAGAAAUACAUAGUAAUCCAAUUCUGGUUAAACUCAUAUUCUUAUUCAUAUGUUAUUCAAGAUAUAAAAAACUAAAUUACA